AUGUCCGAGGAAACAGUGUCCACGCAUUGGUGGCAUGUUCUGGUCAAAGAUCGCCAGGCGACCGACAAACGUACCCUUGGUGCAUGCGCUCUCAUCGCCAAGGUUUGGACCGUGCCUUCGCAGAUCCUCCUCUUCCGCCGCAUCACCAUCACUACUUCUUCGAAUCUCUGCGUCAAUCCAUGCCUACUCAGAUACACGAGGCAUCUCAUCACUGCGCACUCUCCCAGAUGCGCCGUAGACUCUCUGGUCACGUACACCCCCAACGUCAAACAUAUCACGGUCAUCAGCUCGCUAAUAUCCCACCACGCCGCCCAGGUUCUCGGGAACCACGGGCACCUCUCCUCCAUCACCCUCAGAACCCUCACGAAUCCAUCGAGUCAGCACCUAUCGGCCAUCCUCUCUGCGCUCGGCCCAAGCCUGCAACACGUACGCUUUGAAGUUCUCAAGUCCAGCGAUUCAGCAAUGUUGCAUGAACCAGUAGUGCAGCCUCUUCGCGUGGCAACGGUAGACCUCAUAGAGUGCGAUCUGAAAUGGUUCGGAAGAUGUCCAGUUGUUUCCUUCAGGAACCUGCACACUCUCCAAAUCACUAUCAUACACAAUGCUGAGCACGAGGAGUUGACGCGUUUCAUGUAUGGGGUGGAUAUGGUUGAGAAUCUUGUCGUCACGCGCCGGGGAUCAGAAAAGAUGAAUUGGCGUAUCGUGUCAUACAUGAGAAUAAACACGCGGUGGCGUGUCAGGCGAGUGGAGGUUGGAUUGAGCAGUAUCUAUCAUGCUGUGUUGGUUGACGAGUAUCUCAGUCUACUUGACACUGAGGUAACGGAGGAGAUUUGUGUGAGAGUAAGCAAGGCUGUACUGGUGGCGCUUAUGGAUGGGGUGGUUUGGAAGAAAGGAUUCCGGAAUUUGAAAAGAUAUAGGGUCACUGGUAUUGCUGCAGCUUCUGUGCGUCGAGACGAGGUAGCGCUGCAGGAUCUUGAGUAUCGUGGAGCGGAGUGCAUCAUGGACUAGAGCCAAAAGCAUGGACUUUGAUUAC